AAAACAAACCAUUCCUAGCAAUGUCCAACCAUUGCUUCUCUAUCAAUAGAAUGGAAUUCGAUUCUAGGAUGGUAGCUUUUGGACCACAAUUCGGAAAGAUAUGGACGAGUUCUGCAACCUCUGGAAUGAUCAUGGUCGGCUUCCUUCACAGGUAACUUUCCAGUUUCAUAUCUUUUAAUUUGAACAAGCUGGAGUAGUGCUUCUUAUGCUUCUAAUUGGACGUGGAGGUUUAAUUUGAAUGAUGCCGAAACGAGAAACUUCGCUUGGUAAAGACCCAGCUCAAUUCCGGAAAAUCUGCAUACCUGGAGAUGGAAGGUGUUUGUUCCGGUCUGUAGUUCAUGGUGCAUGCCUGAGAUCAGGGAAUUCAUCCCCAAGUGAGAGCCAUCAGAAAGAACUUGCAGAUGACCUCAGAGCUAAAGUAGCAGAUGAAUUCGUUAAGAGGCGAGCAGACACUGAAUGGUAUCUCGAAGGAGAUUUUGACAGGUAUGUUGUACAUAUGCGACAGCCUCACAUUUGGGGAGGAGAGCCUGAGUUGCUGAUGGCCUCCCAUGUCCUACAGAUGCCAAUCACUGUUUACAUGAAGGGCAAGAAUUCUGGUAGCCUCAAAACUAUAGCUGAAUAUGGUCAGGAGUAUGGCAAACAUAACCCCAUCCGUGUCCUCUACCAUAGUUAUGGACACUACGAUGCAUUGCGGAACCCAAUCGGUGGUGCAGAAUCCAAGCUGUAGUAACAUCUCUUGCCAGUUAUUUAUGCUUUACAGCAUAACUGAAUACAUCAGAAAUGGUUUAGAAAACUCAUAUCUAAUUCAUGAAUACAGUGAACUUCAAGGUCGCUGUUAAAGUUGCCUUGAUAUCAUGAAUUAAUGUUCAUAGAUCAUCUAGGUAUCCUCCAUCGCCGGUUGAUUGACGUAUACAUGUGUCAAAAUGUAUGCAACAAUUUGUAGUGCAGACAGAAAAUGAUUGUUUAUUUAGUUGUAGUGUCUUAUGAGGUUCCUCAAGGUAUUGGCAAGGUACAAGAAAAGGUGAAUGGACUGUUUGCGGUAGAAGUAGUCCUCAUCUUUAGAAUGAAGAAGUGUACCCUCUGGUGCCUGCAACAUGUUAGGAAUUAUUGGUUUUUUAUACUUGGUGUUGGGAAUUAUAUCAUUAUUUAUGAUUUUGAAACCUCCUCCUCUCAUA